GCGACGGCUGAAGAAGAGACCGGAAGAGGCAAGCGGCGAAGAAGCAGCCGGACGGCGCGGGCUCCUCCACAGUCGACAUGGGGGGAGGCGACCUGAACCUCAAGAAAAGCUGGCAUCCACAAACCUUGCGCAAUGUGGAGAAAGUUUGGAAGGCAGAACAGAAGCAUGAAGCCGAACGGAAGAAAAUCGAGGAGCUGCAGCGGGAGUUACAUGAAGAACGAGCGCGGGAGGAAAUGCAGCGCUAUGCGGAGGACGUGGGGGCCGUCAAGAAAAAAGAUGAGAAGUUGGAGUGGAUGUACCAAGGACCAGGAGGCAUGGUGAACAGAGAUGAAUACCUUAUGGGCCGCCCAGUUGACAAAUAUGUCUUUGAGACCAUGGAGGACAAGGAAACAGGCUGUUCUUCUGAGACCGGUCUUCUGCCAGGCUCCAUCUUUGCCCCUGCAGGUGCCAACUCUGCUUUGGAUAUGGCCAGCAAGAUCCGAGAAGACCCGCUGUUCAUGAUAAGGAAGAGGGAGGAAGAGAAGAAGCGUGAAGUUCUGAACAACCCUGUAAAAAUGAAGAAGAUCAAAGAACUGUUGCAAAGCAGUUUGGAGAAGAAGAAGAAAAAGAAGAAGAAAGAUAAGAAGAAAAAGCACAAGAAACACAAGCAUCACAGCCCCAGCAGCAGCGAAGACGAACAGGCGAAAGCCAAGUCACGGGAGAAAACGGACCGCUUUUCCUCGGAGCCCCUUCACCCCAAAAUACCCGGGUAUGGCUUGCAGAUCCAAAACGCCGGCCGCGAAAGCACAUCUGGCCACAAGGUCCAACAGAAUUCUGGGUCGAAGAGCCGUGGCCUGUCACCAGAGAGGACGUCUGGCAAGAAGAGCGCUUACGAGGCGGAGCUGAGCAGCCGCAGGAGGUCAAGGUCGCCUAGGCACAAUAAACACCACAACAUCAAGGAACAGAAGGCAAAAAGGAGUCCUUCGCCGAAGCAAGAAGUCUAUAGAAGACCACAGACCUCAAGGAGAAAACUCUCCGCAGAAGAGCUGGAGAGAAAACGUCGAGAAAUGAUGGACAAUGCCAAGUGGCGGGAAGAGGAGAGAGCGAAGAACGUGAACAGACACAGAAAAGAAGAGGAGCGAGAGCUCACACGGGAUAAACUUGACAACGGCAAUGGGAAGUUCAUACACCACAUAAAGCUUGAGAGUGCGUCAACUUCUUCCCUUGAAGACAGGGUCAAGAGGAACAUUCACUCCAUCCAAAGGACAGCGGCAGCCCUGGAAAAAAACUUCAUGCAGAGAUGAGACUUGCUUCUGUCUUCCUUCACCGGACCACUGGACCAGAUAGGGAAGCCUUCGUAUAAACUCCACAGCUCAGGCCAGCUGUCCUCUCACUGUGUGAGAGGGCUUAUACCUGGGUAUUAUGAGGAAGACGUUAUCUUUGAUGCUUUGCUAUAAGGGCCGUUUUUUCCAAACUAGGAUGUCGUAAAGGCCUGUUGGGUCCCAACUUUUGGAAGAGUUUGAUGUACUCCUGGCAAGGCUUUUGGAUGGUUGGCCCUGGCUUGAAGCUCCAUAGAGCUAUAACAUUUAGGCUAGAGGGUAUCAGCUAGAGGAGAUUUGCAUCCACAGUGAAUGGAACAGAAAGAAAGAAGAGGUGGUCCUUUCGCUUCUGAUUAUGUCCUCGCUUCUUAUAAGGAGCACAGCUGCCAGAACCACGUGUAUUUUAUUGGCUGAUCAUAAUUCCUUUUCAGUUUCUUAAAUAACUUGAUAUUAUUGAGCAUUUGACCCAUUCAAAUUGGCUUAUGUUUCUGUUUGGUUGAGUUAUUCUCCCCCACCCUCAAGACUGGUGUUCUAUCCAGUCCAUUUUUAAAACAACUUUUAAAUAAGAUUUUGAGCUGGGUACCGUAGAGACAGGGGUGCCUUUCAUAAAACGAGGCUUUAUUUUACUUAAAGCGUUUUAAUGGAGACAGAUGCACUUUCUGAAGUGGUCAAGCUUAGCUUACUGAAGAAUAGACAAAAAGUAACACCUGACCUAAUGGGACAGCCGUCUUUGUGUAGUCUGUGAUGUGUAAAUGCUGAUCUUUGUAUACAAUCCAGCUGGAAUAAUAGAUAUAGUUUCUCUUAA